CAAGUCAAAGGGCGUGACAGAUGACACACAGCUCGAACAACAUGUUACGCCGGGAGUUAUCAUUUAUUUUACUCUUAAUAUUUUUUUUACAAGUUAAUUGUGAGGUUUGUGAAGACGGAGAUGAAGAUUGUGAAGCAAAUGAGACAGUAGAUGAUAAAUAUAGUAAAGCUGCUCAAUGGAAGCCUUAUUUAGAUGCCAUCAAGACUGCGGUGGAUAAUUACAAGCCUUGCAAUCAAGAUGAUUGCACCUGCCACAUUGAUGUUCUUGAGAAAGAUAUGGAGGUAUGGAAAAAUAAAGGUGGAAUCACACAGAAAGAUUUUGAAGAUGCCAAACAAUUUGGUACUCAUUACCAAAUCAUCAACCACAAGAUGUACCGGGAAGAUAAAUGCAUGUUUCCUGCGAGGUGUAGUGGAAUAGAACAUUUCAUCCUCAAGAUAAUUAAGAAGCUUCCAGAUUUAGAGUUCAUCCUCAACCCUAGAGAUUGGCCUCAGAGUCCUAAAUAUACCAAAGCCAGACCAGUCCUCUCAUUCAGUAAGGUGGAGACCCAGCAUUGGGACAUCAUGUAUCCAGCCUGGACUUUCUGGGAAGGUGGACCAGCAGUAUGGCCAAUAUUUCCUACCGGCCUAGGAAGAUGGGAUUUGUUUCGGGAAUCUUUAGAUAAAGAAGCUAAGAAGCUUCCAUGGGAUAAGAAAGAAACCAAGGCAUUCUUCAGGGGUUCUAGAACUAGUGCAGAGCGUGACCCUCUUGUGCGGUUAUCUCAAAAAGAACCUGACCUGGUUGAUGCUCUUUAUACAAAGAAUCAAGCUUGGAAAUCAGAUGCUGAUACACUACAUCUACCACCUGCUAAAGAAGUAACACUAGAAGAACAUUGUAAAUAUAAGUAUCUUUUCAACUUCCGUGGUGUGGCUGCUAGUUUCCGAUUUAAACACCUGUUUUUGUGCGGUUCUCUCGUUUUUCAUGUCGGCAACGAAUGGCUAGAAUUUUUCUACCCGGCUAUUAAGCCUUGGGUUCAUUACAUCCCAGUUAAACAGGAUCUAUCAGAUGUAAAACAACUUAUUGAAUUUGCCAAAGCUAAUGAAGAUGUUGUGAAAGAAAUUACUAAGAGGGGACGAGAUUUUAUAUGGGACCAUCUCCGUAUGGAGGAUGUUCAGUGUUACUGGUUGAAACUCCUCAAAGCAUAUGCAAAACAAGCACAAUGGAAACCUAAAAGGGUUAAAGGUUACCAACAAAUAACUCCAAAGGAUUAGGUUUUCAUUCAUUAUCAGCCAUCUAGUAGUUUCACUUGGGUAUGUGUAUGUCAAAGGUCAAGGCAUAAAUUAAUCCAGCUACAAGACAUAAAAAGAAAUUAUUCACACCUUCAUUACAUACUCUGUGUUUGGCUAUGUUAUUUUAUUUCUGAUCUUUGACAUAGGCAUGCACACUUUGAACUAUGAGUACAGGAUGGGUUAUUUUUUUAUUCAUUUCACAUUAUUGUUUUGUUGAAGAAUUGUUUUUUGUUUUAUAUAUCUAUUUGUUAUGAUUAUUUUCUUAUUUUUUAUUAUGUAUUCAAGUUCUGUUUUAUUCUCAAAUUUUACUUUUUUAAUUUUUUUUUAAUUAGUCUUGAUAUCUCAUUGAAAUGCACCCUGAGAUGUGAUUAUAGGGCACUAAAAAUGCCUUGAUUAGUUUACUAAGUGUGUACUUAAUGUUGUGCUCUUUCCCAGCCUGGCAGGUAUAGCAAAGGUAUAAGAAAUUUACCAGGGAUAUGAAGACAGUGAUGAUCCUCAUUGUAUUUAACAAGUAAUACAUUUUUGUUUUUUACUAUGCUAAUUUCCUAUACCAACACUGUAUUUCUGCUUGCCGGACUGUUUAUUCAGUAAUGUGUUAGGUUCAUGUACCUAUUGCAUCAAUGGAUUUGUAGCAAGCAGACAUAUUUUACUUUACUUUUUAAAUGAAGAAAUUGUUGUAGCGAAAAAAAAAAUGAAUUUAAAAAAUAAUUACUGCAAAAUGAUAACAUUCCCAUAGAUAGGUUUUUUAGGAAGAAAAAUAAAUUGGUGAAAAGUGAUAUUUUUGUAUUCUAUUUAUGACUUGUUCAAAGAAUUUUGCUUAGUAUUGGGCUUCUGUAGUGUAGUUAGUUAUCACAGGGUAAAUAGGGUAAGCACUUGGAAAUUUAGUUACGAUGCAGAGCUAAUUAGAAAUACUGACUAUCGGUACUUAAAGUCAUUAAGAAUUUUAAAAUUCAAUUCAGCUUCUGGUUUAAUCAGUUUCUGAUAUAUAAUACAGAAGUAAUAGUAACAAUCGUAAUAAUAAUAAUACAUAAUAUUAUUCGAUACUGUAGUUCUUUGUCCUGGGGCGAAUGCAGGAGGGAGGGGGGUGCAGACGGUGCAUUUGCACCCUUGAAUUGUAUUAAGAAAAAUAAUUGUUGUAUUGUUGAUAUGAAUUACCGGUAAGAUUUUUAAGGUAUGACAGUGCAUAUUCUAAAAAUUUUCAAACCUCAUCCCCAAUCAUUGUGGGACUGAGGUGGUGUGGACUCUCAUACACCCUCGUCACCAAAUCUGCAUCCGCCCCAGCUGUCUACUAGCCCACCUUCAUGAAUAUGAAGUAGGGUCAAGUUAGGGGCUCAUACCUGUGAAACAAUUGUGUGGCUGCACUCACAAUACUUGAGGCUUAGAUACGAUUAGUUAUGUUAUAAACUUAUAUUUCAAUAGCAUUUUGAUGCAAUGUAUUUUGUACUUGGUUCAUUAUACUCUCAGAUUUGUUGUCUGGGGGACAUACAGUGUAGACCUUCAAUCCCAGCAUUUUGAAACCAGGGAAGGGGGGGACGGAACAUUUUACAUGAAAAUUACUCAAGUGAGCUAAUAUUCAAGGAACUUUGGAACUACUCUAAUGAAGAAAACUAGUGGUAUCAUAGCACUCAACGAGGGUGGAUCCAGAGAUGAUGUUGUUAGAUGGAGAAACAACACUGCCCUAAUUUUUGUUUUCUAGAUGCCUGGAAAUAACCUCUGAGGCAUUUUGGGCAAUCAAUAAUUUCUUUAUUUUUUUCAAAUUUCUGUUUACUUUCCAAAAGUCAUGCCAGGGCCAGCCAGCCUCCCUCUACAUCUUUCCUGUUCAGUUAAAGGGGCUUACAUUAUGCUCCCUUCACAGAGAAAUUUUUGCCAAUGAUGAAUUCAAUAUGAUUAGCGUAUUAACUCUGAUUUACAGUAUAUAGUUUUUUUCUGAGAACUUUCUGUUGUUGGAUGUUUGAAUAUGGUGUUGGUCUGAGCCACGUUUCUGUGAGAAUAUCCUAUUACCAUCAUUGUUGAAUUCAAAAAGUUCAACUAUGCCGGCUUUCCAAUACUGUUACAUUAAGUAAUAGACAAAAGGCGUCAUCAAUUCUGUACAUUACAACCUCCUUAAUGCCAGUGAAAAAUUUGGUCUACGCUUAAAAUCAAUGCAUGACUCGAAAUAUUCCCAAGGGGGUGGAGGAAAUUGUACUGUGUUUAUGAUUAUUGCUGUUUCUAAUCAUCGUUGGAAGCGUUAUAUAUACAGUACAGUAAAUUUAAAUUGUUGGGAGAACAUUUUAUGUUCAAUGUGUGUUUAUGCGGAUUCGAAGAUGAUGUUUGCCCUACCUGAUAUGUUAUCGUACUGAAUGCUUAGUACAUUCCAAAUUGCUUGUGAAAAAAAUCUCACAAGUUAGUGAUUCAGGUGGGAAUCAAACCUAUGACCUCCAGAUAUGCUUGCCUGGUGUCUUAACCACUAGACCACCAAGCUUGCAUUUGGCUAGUGAUGAAUCCCCAAGUAGCAGCAGGAACUGCAAUGCUAUUCCAAUGGCAUUUAGCCUGAUUAUUAUCAGGCCUAGCUGUGUGCUUAUGAGACUUAACAUUGUAUAUGAUUGUUACUAGGUCCAAUAUACACCAUUGAUAAGUACUACAGCAUGAUAUGAAUAGCCAACAAUUGUGGUUAUGCAUUUGAACUUUUGUUUAUACAUUGUCAACAAGUGAGGUUCAUUCCAAUUGAAUUCAUUCUUAAAGAAUGUUUUACAUGUCUGUAGCACUGAUCUCUACUGUAUAGCUUGAUUUCUCAUCGGCCAGUCAUUGUACAGAAAAAAGUGAAUCCACUAAAACCAUCCAAUGAGCAAUCCAGCUAUUAUAGCAGAGAUCAGUGGUUUGUAGGUUUAUUUUUAUAUUUUUUAAUAUAUAUUGUUCACUCUUUAAAAAACUUUCAUGUUA